AUGCAGACCUCGGGCAACAAGACGGUGCUCGUCCGUCGACUCAAGCGCAAGGAGGAGAGCACCUGGAAGCACCUUGCGCGCUGGUUUGUCGAGAACCAGAUUGGCCUUUCGUUCAAUCUCCUCGCCCUCAUUUUCCUCGCCCAGACCUUUAUCCCCAAGGCCCGCGAACACACGUACAAGUUCUUCAACCUCAGCUACUACAACCCCAAAUCAGGCCAGUACCGCAUCGGAUUCGAUGAUGCCUACUUCAUCGCCUUUUGCAUCAUCCUUUUUACCGGCCUCCGCGCUGGCAUCAUGGAGCACGUUCUGGCCCCCAUUGGCAGAUUCCAGGGAAUCACCAACCGCAAGUCCUUGACUCGCUUUAGCGAGCAGGCCUGGCUCAUGGUGUAUUACACUGUCUUUUGGCCCUGGGGAGUGUACAUUUACUGCACCUCGCCUCACUACAUGAGCAUGAAGAACCUCUGGACCGACUGGCCCAACCGCGAGCUCGAUGGCCUCAUGAAGGGUUACCUCCUAUGCCAGUGGGCUUUUUGGCUGCAGCAGAUGAUUGUCAUUAACAUUGAGGAGCGUCGCAAGGAUCACUGGCAGAUGUUUACUCACCACAUUGUCACGACUGCGCUCAUCUACUCUUGCUACGCCUACCACCACACCCGCGUCGGCAACUUUAUCCUCGUCAUUAUGGAUGUUGUUGACCUGUUUCUCCCUCUUGCCAAGUGCCUCAAGUACAGCGGCUUCACCAAGCUCUGCGAUGUCAUGUUUGGACUGUUUGUGGUUUCGUGGUUCAUUGCCCGCCACGUCCUCUACAUCAUGGUCUGCUGGUCCAUCUACAGCGAUGUUCCCCAGAUCAUGCCAACCGGCUGCUUCAAGGGCACCAACGACAACCUGAUUGGCCCCAUCGAUCCUCCGGCCGGCUAUUCAUACCUACUCGACCCCUUCCUCAAGCCCGACGGCCUUGUCUGCUACAACGAGAUCAUCCAGUGGGCUUUCCUUGGUCCUCUCCUCUUCCUCCAGCUCAUCACCAUCGGGUGGUUCACCUUGAUUGUCCGUGUCAUCAUCAAGGUCCUCAAGGGAGGUGAUGCCGAGGAUGUGCGAAGUGACGACGAGGGUGGUGAUGAGGAAGAGGAGGAGGAUGAGUUUGUUUACGAGGAGGCUCAGCCCCUUGAGGAGGAGGUUGGCGUCGAGGAUCUUGACCUCAGGAACUGGGAGCGCCGAUCUGGCGUUAGGAAGCAAGCCAGCAGCUCCGGAGUCAGCCUCCCCGGCCACAGCGAUCGCAAGGAGUUGCUGGGACGUAUCGGUUGCGAGAAGCAAGUCGAUUAG